UCUUAACACCGCAAUUGUUGCUUCAUUCCAGGAAUACGUGCAUUGUGCUCACCAUUCAAUGUUGCGCUGUCGUUGAGCUGACGCGAUGACGCGACUGCUUCAUUGGUCCGCCGGAAACCCCGCUCGUACAUAGUUCUAGUUAUCAUUCCAUCUGUUGCAGUGACAUCUUCAUCACAAACGCUACAGUGAUAAACUUAUCACAGCUUGCAGUGACAUUUUCAUCAACUGCAGCAAAGCGGUGUGGUGUGUUCAUCAAUUGCAGCGAAGCGGGAAAUCUUCAACAAUGGGUACUGCAUCAAAGUCGUACCAAUACGAUCUAGGGACCUUUCAUCGGAAGGUGACAACCGCGAACGCAGAGGCUCAGGUAUGGUUCGACAGAGGUCUGAUCUGGAGCUAUGCUUUCCAUCACGAGGAAUCAGCGCGUUGUUUUGAAAAAGCCAUCGCUGAGGAUCCAGGUUGUGCUAUGGCAUAUUGGGGUCUUGCCUUCGCUCUGGGCCCAAACUACAACAAGCCGUGGGAUCUAUUUGAUGAGAAGGAACUAAAGACAACACUGGCAACCAUUGAGCAUGCGAUCAAAGAAGCCAAGGACCAUGCGCCAGAUUCAACAGAGCUCGAACAGGCACUCAUCGAGGCGAUCCAAUUCCGUGUGCCGAAGGGACUAACUGAGCCUGACUUCACAGCAUGCAACAAAGCCUAUACACAUGCUAUGGAAAACGUAUAUGGCAAGUACACCCACGAUCUGGAUGUCACUGCUUUGUUCGCCGACUCUGUGAUGAACCUCUCCGCAUGGAAUCUCUGGGAUCUGAAGACCGGACAGCCGACCCCUGGAUCGCGCUCAUUAGAGGUCAAGGGAUUCCUUGAGGAAGCGCUCAAACAGGACGACGUUUAUGAACAUCCCGGGAUUCUCCACUUAUACAUACAUCUAAUGGAGAUGAGUUCAACACCGGAAGCUGCACUGGUUGCCGCAGACUACCUCCGCAACCUCAUCCCUGACGCGGGCCAUCUGGUCCACAUGCCGAGCCACCUUGACAUCCUCAUAGGAGACUAUCGACGGGCCAUAGCCUCCAACGCUGAUGCCUGCCUGGCUGACGAGAAGUACCAUGAUGAACAUGGGGGAGACAAUUUCUAUUCCUUUUACCGUAUGCACAACUACCACUCGCUGAUCUAUGCCGCGAUGUUCGCUGGACAGUCGAAGGUCGCUCUGGAAGCGGUGAGCCGAAUGGAACGAUCGCUGCCAGCGUCACUGCUUAGCGUCGAUAGCCCACCCAUGGCAGACUGGCUCGAGAAUUUCUCAUCAGUGCGCGUUCACGUCCUGGUCCGUUUUGGCCGUUGGCAGGACCUUCUUUCCUUAUCGCUACCAAAAGAUAGGGAUCUUUACUGCGUGACGAUCGCAAUGAUCCACUAUGGCAAAGGUGUGGCAUAUGCCGCGACAGGCAAGGUGGAGAAGGCACUGGAAGAACGUGCUGCUCUUGAAGAGGCCGUGAAACGCAUUCCGUCGUCCCGCAUUUGUGGUGACUUCCCUAACCGGUCAAAUGUCGUACUUCAGGUCGGCGAGGCAAUGCUCGACGGGGAAAUAGCGUAUCGGCAGGGGAAUUACGACGUUGCCUUUAGCCAUCUUGAGAAGGCGAUCCAACGCGACGAUGCCCUCACGUACGCAGAGCCUUGGGCAUGGAUGCAACCCACCCGGCACGCAUACGCCGCACUUUUGAUGGAACAGGGCAGGGUUGAUGAUGCGGCUGCUGCGUACAAAGCGGAUCUAGGGUUCGAUGACACCUUGCCCAGGGCACGACAGCACCCGAAUAACGUUUGGGCUUUACAUGGGUACCACGAGUGUCUAAUACGCCUAAAGAGACACGAAGAAGCGGGGAUUAUCCGUCAACAGCUCCGAUUAGCUCAAGCUGUUGCGGAUGUCACCAUACAGGCAAGCUGCUACUGUCGAAAUGCCGGCAGUGCCUGAAAAGCCCUGUCAUACACCUGCCGCCCGGGACAGCUUUUUGACUCGUGCUUUGGGAUUGGCUGUUUGAGAUUUGGAGGCCGUUACCCACAUCCAUCCGUACCUAUGUGGCGAUUUUUGUAAAAGAUUUCCCGUAGACUUCAACCAUUUCUGCUUCGAAAAAGCAAUAGUAACACUAUGCCCGUGUAUAUCAGCUCAGCUGAAUUAUAGUAGGAAGAACAAACUUUGAACGGCGUUGUGAGCAACACCGUCGCGUUGAUCAGUCCGCUCCCGCGGACGACUGUGCCGUGCUUUCGAGUCGAGCGGCGCUCAUCGGUACCAGAAAUUAUGCCUC